ACGCACAGUCACCACUGCUCUCUCUCUCUCUCUCUCUCUCUCACGUACAGUCACUACUGCUCUCUCUCUCUCUCUCGCACGUACAGUCUACUGCUCGCACGUACAGUCACUACUGCUCUCUGUCACUACUGCUCUCUCUCUCUCUCUUUCUCGCACGCACAGUCACUACUGCGCUCUCUCUCUCUCUCUUCCUUUUGUUCGUCAACAAUGUCAAGGGGGUGAUGUAGCUGUAAACAGUUCUUUUUCUUUCCAGACACCAUCAUUACCAUCACCCUCCUCCCAUUAUCCUCCGGCAUACCCAAAAGUGAAAAAAAGGAAGCUCUUUUCACACAACACUCCCACAUUCUACCUCCCUCUCUCCUCACAAAAAGUUUGGAGACAAGAGUUAAUAAAUGUCCAUUCAGUGACUCACUCUUCUGCAAAUUCAAUCAAUUAACCGAAGAACCCACUUGUUCUCCUAAACUUCUGCGCCCUGACAGACAGUAUGGCCGAAACCCCAGAAACGGCGCCGGCGAAGGAAAUCACUAGCUCCGAGACCAAGAAGAUCGUCAAUCCCAGGGCGGAAAUCGACACGUCACCCCCGUUCGGGUCUGUUAAAGAGGCCGUGACCCGUUUUGGCGGCAGCGGGUCUUGGAUCCCCCAUCACCUCCUCCGACUUGCUGCUCAUCAUGGCUUUGAGGAGUACGAUUUAGACAAAGUGGAGGCACAAGCGGCAGCGUUGGAGAAGGAUCUUCUUGCGAAAGAAAGGGAAACACUCGGGGUUUUAAGAGAACUCGAAGCAACAAAAAAAUUUGUAGAAGGGUUAAAGCUGAAGCUAGUGAAAGAAGUGUCUGAGUGCAUGGCUUCCCCCGAGUUAAGCCCAUUGGGAACUUUGAGCGCGUGUCCUGCUCCAUCUCCAGGCUUAAUCCUAAUGGAGCUGAAUCAAGCAAAACUCAACCUGUGUAAAAGUACAAAUAAUCUCGCAGCAAUUCAAGCUUCUGUUGAUUCUUUGAAUAAGAAAAUGACAAAAGAGAAAACACCCAUGGAACUAAAUCUCCCAAAGAGGGAAAUACCGAAUCCUGUACUGGGAGAAAAGAUUAACAGCGAAAGAGCAAAGCUGCAGUUAGCAACCCAGGUAGAAAGCAAAGGUGAUCCUAGGAAUUCGCCAAAUAUUUCGAGGCAGUUGCAACAGUUUAAUUUUGAGGCAGAUCAGUUCAAGAAAAUAGCAGCAGCUGCUAAGUAUGAGGUGAUGAAGGCAAUGUCAGAGAUUGAGCAAACGAAGACAAGUAUCAAUAUGGUUGAAAUGAGGUUGAUUGCAGCCAGAAAGAUGGAGGAGGCCGCUAGAGCGGUUGAAGCUGUUGCUUCUGCUGAGAUGAAGACUCGAUCGAAUAGUGCUAUUGAGGGAGUAACUCUUUCAUUUGAAGAGUAUUGCUCCCUAACCCAAAAAGCUCAAAAAGCUGAGGAGUUGUCUAAGAAGAGAGCUAGGGAUGCCAUGUGUCGUAUUAACGAGUCGAAUGCAUCCGAAUUGGCUAUUCUAAAUAAGCCAGAGGAAAAGUCCCAAGAAGAAGCUAUGGGUAAAGUAGAGGUUGCAGAGAGAAGAAAAUUUACUGCAGAUGAGGCAUUUUUCCGAGGGAGAAUGGAACGUGAUGAAAUGAGACAGUUGGAACAGAACCCUACAUUCAAAUUCAAGAAUUCCUAUCCGUCUUAUGGUCAUCGUGAUUCCCCACUGAUUGAUGAAGAUGAAUCCAACAUGAUAAAAGAAAAAACAGUGCCUGUGUUAAGGUCAACGAUUUCGAUUGGGGAUAUACUGAGCAGGAAGUUGAUUUUGCAAGAUGAUUUUGUCGUGGGAAAUCACGUGGAAGGCCGCACUGGAAGGCAGCAGGUGUCUUUGAGUCAAAUGCUUCGCGAACAGAGCGGGCUUAUCUUUGAACCUAAGAAGGCAGUAAAAGAGGGGUUUGUUCACAAGCAGUUCUUUACACAGAGGAAGAAGUUUGGAUUCAUCGAUAUAUCACUCCCAUUGACAAAGCAAAGUAAGAAAAAGGCGCAGGCUGGGAAUCCGAGGUGAUUUGGUUUACAGCUGAAUGGUUCUUCCAUUACUCUUUAUUAAUAGUGUGUCGUGUUUAUUUGUAUUUUUCAUGGCUUGAGAUCGUGUUUCCAAUGUUGUGUUUGUGCUGAGGGAUUUGUAUUUGGUGAUUUUAUGUUAUUACAGUGAUAUUUGCAUUAA